AUGGACGGGUUUUCGCGCUUUGUUAAGUUUUAUCUACUUAAGUCGAAGACGGAAGGCGAGGUGAACAUGUAUAUGAAGCAAUAUAUUGCAUGGGCAGAACGUCAGCGCGGAAGUCGAAUAAAUGAGGUUAUUUCUCGCGACUACGAUACAGAGGACCACGAUGAAGGCGCUGAGCCAGUGAAGCAGGUGCUCACGGACAAAGGUCAAAAAUUUUGUAAUGGUGUUAUGGAAAAUUGUUUACGUGAAGAACCGUGUUUAUUGUAA